CAGACAAUCACUAUGGCCGUCCUUCUCACUGGCGGUACCGGUAAGACGUCAAUUCGCAUUGCCGCUCUGUUGCAAGGUGCAAAGGUGCCUUUCUUGUUAGCUUCUCGCCGAGGUCAAGCUGCGGCGCCGGAGGGGAUGCCCGCUGUUAAUUUCCACUGGUCGAACCUUUCAACCUAUGAUGGCCCUUUCACGCAAAGCUUCCCAGGCAACGAAAAGAUAUCUGCAGUCUAUCUCAUCUCACCAGAGAUAUCAGACCCUGUAUCUCCAAUGAAUGCCUUCAUUGAUCUCGCUGUUGAAAAGUACCAGGUCAAGAGAUUUGUUCUCUUGGCGGGUGGCUCUAUUGAGCAGGACGGCCACCAUGUUGGCAAAGUUUGGCAGCACCUGGUUGAUAUUGGGGUGGAAUAUUGCGUUAUCCGUGCCACUUGGUUCAUGGAGAGGAUGUCAGAGCAGGAACACCUACCCACGAUCAGGAACGAGAACAGAAUCUACACAGCUUGCGAGGACGGCAAGGCUCCAUUCAUUAGCGCCAUUGAUAUCGCCGCCGUGGCAUAUGAAGUUCUAACCUGCGAGUCCCCUCAGCAUUGCGACUACCGGCUGCUAGGACCGGAACUGUUGAGUUACGAUGAGGUCGCUGCGAAGUUGAGCAAUGCCUUGGGCCGCAAGAUUGAGCAUGUCAGGCUAUCUGCCGAGGACAACAUUCAGAGAUACAUCAAAGCCGGCUUUGCCGAACAGUAUGCCAGGCUGCUGACCUGGCUGGAAACUAUGACGGCGCAAGGGGCUGAAGAGAGAAUGAACAAGGAUGUUGAAACGGUGACGGGCAGGCCGCCGAUGAAAUUCGACAACUGGGUGGAGCUGCACAAGGAUGUAUGGCGGUGAAAGCUGACAUUUCUGCGGUUUGGAAUGUGUUCUGAAAAGAGCAGCAAUAGUUACUUCUGCCACGUCAAUUCCAUGGAAGUGAUCG